CAUAGUACGAAAAAUAUUUUAAAUAAAAGUUACAUAGCAUGAAUAAAGAGAAUGUACACUUAAAGUGAAUAAAUGAUAAAAAAUAUGAAGAUUUAUAUAUCAAAUUGAGGCAAUAUGGAAAAAUCUUCUUCUAUUUCUAAACAACAACAGACAAAAGAUGCAACUUCAAAGUAUGACACCUCUCUACUAACAGGGAUUCAUAAUUGUAACUUUCAAGACGAACUCGUAUCUUGAUAAAAUGAAAUAUCUUUUGUGUACCUUGCUAAUUCUGUGGAUGGCAACUGUGAUUUUUGGAUUUAAAGUGAAUUAUAUAUAUAAAUGGAAAUAUGUCGAUUUUAUAUGGGAAAGUAACGAGCAGAAGGAAGACGCGAUAAAUUCUGGCACUUAUAAUCGUUCUACGUGUAUAUUAUUCGAUGUAGAUAAAGCUAAAGAUGGUAGAAUAUUUGUUACUGCUACGAGAGAACUAGGUCCUAGUGUACCUGCUACUUUGGCGAUAGUAACUAAUGAAACAGGACCAGGAGGACCACUUUUGCGACCAUAUCCAAAUUGGAGUUGGCAUAAUAAUAAUUGUACGUGCGAAGGCAUUGUAAAUGUGAUACGAGUACACAUUCGAUGCAAUCACAUCUUCGCUCUGGAUAGUGGUAAAAUUGGGCCUGAUCACAUUUGUAAUCCAAAGCUAUUAAUCUUUAAUUUGAAAGAUGAUACGCUAGUAAAAACUAUUUAUAUUCCAUUUGAUAUUGCUAGUAAUGCAACGGGUUUUGGAUCAUUAAUAACGCCUUUCAUUUAUGUUUCCAAAAAAUGCUCGCAGUUUCUGCAUAAAAUGAUUAUAUUCAUAGCUGAUGUACAAGGUAAAGGUUUAGUGGUGUAUGAUUCAUCUGUAAAAAGUAUGUGCAGAGUCGAAUCUGAUUACAUGAUACCGACCGAAAAUUUAGCCUCCAUAGCAAAUCAAACAUUUCCUUAUAAUGGAGGUAUUUUCAGUGUAGUGACCCUUUAUAAUGAACUUUAUUAUGUUACUACGCCGGGAAUGAAAAUUUAUAAAAUAAAAAUCAAAUCACUACUAAAAUGUCCAAAUAUAGAAGAGGCUAAUAAAAAAACUAAAGUCGCGAUUAAAAUACCAAGCGAUUCAGGACAAAUCGCAUCAGCAGGACAUUCAAUAUUUUACAGUGAUUCUGAUAGAAAUGCUGUUUUAGGAACGAAUGUUUUUAAAAAAUCUGGCAAAAACACGGUGAUACUUGCACAAAAUGAUAAAAAACUUCAAGCUGUAAGUUCGCUAAAAACUUCAUAUUAUUGGAAUAAGUUGAUAGGCCUAUCAGAUAGAUUUCAUCGUUUCGUUCUUGGUACUGUAAAUCUAAAUGAAGUAAACAUCUACUAUUUCGAAAUGGAUUUAGCAGAAGUACAAAAGAAGAUGGAUUCGAUUCCUUAAAACGCGUGUGUUAAUUUUCACAAACAUUUCACAAACAUUUUUACACAAUAUUAUUAGUACUACAUACAUUGCUUAAAUUUAUAUGUUAUAAAUAUA